UGCUGGGACUAAACUGCAGCGGGACACUGGCAACAAGGUCGUCCAGAAGGUCACUCCUGUCUUCCUUGGCCGGCGUGAUGAGGAGCGCCGUGCUGCCCGUUGUCAUGGCGAUGCUGGCCACGGCCACAGCCACGCCGCACGCCGACGUCAGGCCUCAGCGGGACUUCAGCCUGCAGAGGUUUGCAGGGAGAUGGUACCGCGUGGGCCUGGCCUACGACUCCCCCACCUUCGUCCCUCACAGAGACAAAGUCAGGGCCUCUGUGGGCGUGGUCAGCGUGCAAACCAACGGCAACGUCAACCUCACCAUGUGGGACGCCACGCCCACAGGCUGCGGCAGUAGGACGUACUACUACGAGAAGACCAACGUUCCAGGAUACUUGACCUACUUCAGCACACGACACAACAUGGUGAAGGACAUCACCGUUGUGGAGACCAACUACAGCGAAUACGCUCUGGUGCUCAAACACAAAGUUUUCAACAGAGAGUACACACAGGUGGCGCUCUAUGGUCGUUCUCAGAGGCUGAGAAGUGAUCUCAUCCAAAAGUUUAAAGCCUUUGCUUUGUCGCGAGGAUUUCCCCGAGAGGCCAUUCUCACGCCACCUCCAGCAGAGAACUGCCCUCCGUCACCAUCUGGCCGUUAGGUCCCUCCCCUUUUAUAUUCCACCAUUGAUUUACACGCCAAUAAGAGCUGGUCAAUAUGUCACUUCUCUGCCUGAUAAACUAUAAUCAAUAUGUCACUUCUCUGCCUGAUAAACUGUAAUCAAUAUGUCACUUCUCUGCCUAAUAAACUAUCAUCAAUA